AUGUAUACCACAGAUGAUAACACGCUGCACGGACCAGUUUUCAUCCAGGAACCAAGCAGUGUCGUUUUUGCACUGGAUUCUGAGGAAAAGAAAGUCAAACUCAACUGCGAAGUGAAGGGAAAUCCUAAACCAACUAUAAGGUGGAAGUUAAAUGGAACCAUUGUUGACAUUGGUAUGGAUUACCGCUACAGUGUGGUUGAAGGCAGCUUGUUGAUCAAUAAUCCCAAUAAAACUCAAGAUGCUGGAACAUACCAGUGCGUAGCAACGAACUCAUUUGGAACAAUUGUUAGCCGAGAAGCUAAACUACAAUUUGCGUAUCUUGAAAAUUUCAAAACCAGGACAAGAAGUACAGUGUCAGUACGACAAGGACAAGGGAUGGUUCUGCUGUGUGGACCACCUCCACAUUCUGGCGAACUGAUCUAUGCCUGGAUCUUCAAUGAAUACCCAUCUUUUGUGCAUCAGGAUAAUCGUCGUUUUGUUUCUCAGGAGACUGGAAAUUUGUACAUAGCUAAAGUGGAGAAAUCUGAUGUGGGGAAUUACACUUGUGUAGUGACAAACACUGUAACUAACAACAGAGUGCUGGGACCUCCUACACCUUUAAUCUUGAGAAAUGAUGGAGUGAUGGGCGAAUAUGAGCCGAAAAUAGAAGUGCAGUUCCCAGAAAUGGUUCCAUCUGCGAAAGGAACAACUGUGAGACUGGAAUGCUUUGCACUGGGAAACCCGGUUCCUACGAUCACCUGGAGAAGAGCCGAUGGAAAACAGAUCCCCAAAAAAGCUCGGAGGCACAAAUCAAGCAGCAUCCUUGAAAUCCCAAACUUUCAGCAGGAAGAUGCUGGCCUGUAUGAAUGCGUGGCUGAAAAUGUGAGAGGGAAGAACGUGGCCAGAGGCCAGCUGACGUUUUAUGCUCCUCCAAACUGGAUUCAGAAAAUAAGUGACGCUCAUGUGGCCAUGGAAGAAAGCAUAUACUGGGAAUGUAAGGCAAAUGGGAGACCAAAGCCUUCAUACAGCUGGCUAAAGGAUGGCGAACUGCUUCUCCCUCAGGAAAGAAUCUUGAUAGAGCAUGGGACGCUCACCAUCACCAGUGUGAACCUAUCGGACACCGGCAUGUAUCAGUGUGUGGCAGAAAAUAGACAUGGGACCAUCUAUAUCAGCGCAGAACUGAGCGUAAUUGCUGUAGGUCCAGAUUUUUCAAAAAACUUCUUGAAAAGGUUAACUUUUGUCAAAGUUGGUGGUGACGCUUCAAUCGAGUGUAAACCCAAAGCUUCUCCAAGGCCUACCUUUACCUGGAAGAAAGGAAAAGAGAUCCUAAAAGAAAAUGAGAGACACACUAUUUUGGAAGAUGGAACUCUGAAGAUUACCAAUGUUACUAAAGCUGAUGCAGGAAGCUACACGUGUAUAGCAACAAAUCAUUUUGGGGCAGCUAGCAGCACUGGAAACCUGGUGGUAAAAGAUCCAACACGAUUUAUGGUGGCACCUAACAGCAUGGAUGUCACUGCUGGCGAAAGUAUUCUUCUGCCUUGCCAGGUAUCUCAUGAUCACCCGCUAGAUAUUCUGUUUACUUGGUCAUUUAAUGGACACCUGAUAGACUUUGAAAAAGAUGGGGAUCACUUUGAAAGAGUUGGAGGGGAUUCAGCUGGUGAUUUGAUGAUCAGAAGCAUCCAGCUGAAUCACGCUGGAAAAUACGUCUGCAUGGUGCAAACAAGUGUGGACAAGCUAUCAGCUGCUGCAGACCUGAUUGUAAGAGGUCCACCAGGUCCGCCCGAAGCCGUGACAAUUGAUGAAAUCACAGACACUACAGCUCAGGUAUCCUGGAGGCCAGGAGCAGAUAAUCGCAGUCCCAUUACAACAUACGUUGUUCAAGCAAGGACCCCAUUUUCUGUGGGAUGGCAAGCAGUCAACACAGUGCCCGACGUCAUAGAUGGAAACACAUUUACGGCAACAGUAGUGAGUUUAAACCCGUGGGUUGAGUAUGAAUUCCGGGUAGUUGCCGCCAGCCUUAUUGGGAUUGGAGAGCCAAGCAAACCAUCAGAGAAACGGAGAACUGAAGAGGCUCUUCCUGAAGUCACUCCAGCUAAUGUCAGUGGAGGUGGUGGUACCAAGUCUGAGUUGGUCAUAACCUGGGAGACAGUGCCUGAAGAGUUACAAAAUGGAGGUGGGUUUGGUUACGUGGUUGCCUUCCGUCCAGUUGGUACAAUAAGUUGGAUGCAGACGGUAGUGGUUUCUCCCGAUGCCUCCAGAUACGUGUUCCGGAAUGAGAGUUUACCGCCGUUUUCUCCAUAUGAAGUCAAAGUGGGCGUGUACAACAACAAAGGAGAAGGUUCUUUCAGCCCCGUCACAAUUGUUUAUUCAGCUGAUGAAGAACCCACCAGAGCUCCAACCCAUGUCUUUGCCAAAAGCCUUUCUGCUUCAGAAGUACAAGUAUUUUGGACCUUGCUCCCAGAGAGCCAGAGCAAAGGAAGGAUACAGGGCUACGAGGUUAGAUACUGGAGGCAUGGGGAUAAGGAAGAGCAGGCUGGAAGAAUCAGAACGGCUACCAAUCAGACUUUUGCAAAAGUUACCAGCUUGAAAGGCAAUGUUUUGUACCACAUGGCUGUCAAAGCUUACAACACAGCAGGAAUGGGACCUUCUAGUCCAGUAGUCAAUGUGACAACUAAAAAGCCACCACCAAGUCAACCACCUGGAAACAUCAUUUGGAAUUCAUCGGACUCUAAGAUUAUACUGAACUGGGAUCAAGUAAAAGCACAGAAUAAUGAAUCUGAGGUGAAAGGAUAUAAAGUUUUAUACAGAUGGAAUAGACAAAGCAGCACAUCUGUUAUAGAAACUAACAAAACAUCUGUGGAGCUUUCGCUGCCUUUUGAUGAAGAUUACAUCAUAGAAAUAAAGCCAUUCAGUGAUGGAGGAGAUGGCAGUAGCAGCGAGCAGAUCCGAAUUCCAAAGAUAUCAAAUGCCUAUGUGAGAGGGUCGGGCGCUUCUACUUCAAAUGCUUGUACGUUGUCAGCCAUCAGCACAAUAAUGAUUUCCCUCACAGCUAGAUCAAGUUUAUGACAAAAAAUAUCUAAAGGACUUCCUGUUUAUAAUAUAACUAAGCAACAUUUAGCUAGUUGUUUUGAAGACACCCAGUACUAAGUAAUAUUGUUGUUCGAGUACAUCUUACUACUGGAAAAAAAAAUGUUUUAUGCUUCUCUAGGAAUGGCAUUAUACAGUACUUCCUCAAAGCAAAUAUAGCUUUGUCUGAAGUUUCUUUGGAAACUCUGCAAUGCACUGAAAACAUCUGUAAUACGAUGUUACCAAAGCAGUUUACAUAUGUCCUUAUAUGCAUAUUUUUUAUUAUAUAUUUAGUGUUUUAUAGACUUUUUUAAAGUUAACAUAUGAUGUAGAUAUUAAUUUCUUUCCCCCUCUGCUAUGAAAUGCUAUUGAUGGCAUUUACUGUUGCAAAAAUGCAUUGUUUUGGAAUGUUUUAUAGCCAGGUCGAAAGUUCUCAGUACACUGGUUUCAAAUUGAUUGUAUAGUUUUACAAGAGUGCACUGGCAAAGCUCUUUUGACCUCAAUCCAUUCUUCAAGGUACCUGGGCUUAUCUGUACACAGGUAGGAUCCCAAACAGGCAUUAUAUGAAGUCUUCCCUCCCCUCUCCCCGAUGGCCUCAAGUCAGGUUUGCUGCUGCUAUUGCAGCGCUUGUGGGCACUGGGCCUUAUCUAUUGGCCAUUCCUAGCCCCUGAUGCACAGACGACUUCCACAAGGAGGGAUGGAGUGGGCUGCUAGAUAACUAUACAUGAAGGACAGGCUAUACAUGUCUGGUGCCAGCAGUACAGCCACCUGGAGGACUGGGAGAGGGAAAAGGAAGGUUCACUGGAAUACUUUUUCAGGAUCCUUUCCCCCAAUAUGUGCAGAGGAGGAAGAUGGAUCAUGCUGCUAUUUAAAGCAGCUAGAGUGGUUUGUUUGUUUGUUUAAAUGACAUGUAAGGUGUUCAUUCUUGGAUCAAAUUACAAAAAAAGACAAAUCUAAAAUAACUUUCAAUGCAUUUGCUUUCAGGUUUGUGUAAGUCAACUGCAUAGUAUCAGCUAGCUAAUAUUUUAAUGAUGCAUAGCAAAGAUUUUCAUUUGAAUGUACUUGAGUUUUCUCUAAAAAAUUAAUAAAUAUUAAAUUGAACAUUUGUUCCAUUUAGUCGUGAUCGCUCCUAUAGUAAUGUAGACCAGACGUUGCUAUAGCAAAGGACAAGAUGCUGAAUGCGGUGAAAAUCUUGAAAUUCCACCCUUUGAGCAAUUUAUGUAAUUCUGGAUUUGCACCAUUUUAAUAAGGAAGUCUGUGCGUCUGUGAGACUUUAAAUGAAACAUAAUUAUGCUGAUUUCUGUGUUGGAAGAUAUGUUUCUUUUGACAGGUACAUGUUUAACUGUAAUUCUCUAUAGUUUGGUUUCAUAAACUGAAUUACAAAAUUAUCUCUGUUUUUACGAUUUUUGUUUGAGUAUAGGCUAUAAGCUAAAUCUAAUAAAUACCAUUCUAGUGAAUACUUCCCUAAAAAGGCUUUUUUCCAUUAAAAAAAAUUAUAUGUAUGUCUGGGUGUCUCUAUGCACUUCCAAAUAGCUCCUUUAUUUUAAGAUAUCAAACCCUCUUGCCUUUUGCUAGCACAAGUGAACAGAACCCAACACCUGAAGAGUGUUCUGAAGACUUAGCUUUAAUUUUAUUGACAAGCUCUUUCUGCAUAUCUAGCAUGCUGAUAAAAUCCUAUUCAAAUGUGACAGUGAUUGCAGUCCAUCAUGACAUUUUCUCAUGAAGCUGUCAUCCAUUUCCAUUAAAGCUUGGGUUGAGCACUAUCUCCACUGACUUGGGUGUGCAUACCGGUUCUCAAUAAACACAGGAACUUCUGCACAAGCUUGCACAUGCAGAGAUUCACCCAUGCUCCACUCCAUGUGUUCACCAGAGUCUGGGAAGGUAUAUGAACCAUGCCCAGAAUUUAAAAAGAAAAAAUAUAUUAAUACAAAAGAUUUAUUUGUUACUGGGGUAAAAUUUUGUACAUAUGCUCAGAUGGAACAAUAAUAAUUAAGACAUCAACGAAGCUUUCUGUUCAUUCUUUCCCCCAAAUUUUAAAAAAAAUAUGCACUGCAGAGGUUUAUAAUUUGUUCUUCCUGAUAGUUUAAAUUUGCCUGUAACUUGUCUGUUUUGCUUCCAGAACAAUACAAGCUAACUUUUAAACUACUUUCAAAAUAUAUUUAUUAAGUAACUCAUAAUCAGGAUUCCACUUGUGUAAGUCAGGGGUGUUAACCAGAGAAAUAUUGUCAGUAUUUCAAGCUGUGUUCCUUUCUUAGUUUGAUAUGGUUACUUCUAUGUAAAAACAAAAACAAAACAAAAAAACCCACAAAAGAAAGAAAAAUGAAAGAAAAAAAGCCUUGUAGUUUUUCUCCCCAGUGUAAAUGAUAUUUAUCAGUGAUCUAGCAGAUGUAAUCUUUUUUAUAGUUAUUGGUAAUAAAUAUUCUGUUAUUUGUAAAUA